GAAGCUGGAGGAGGUGCGGUAGCAGUUGUUAAAGGGGAUUCGGAUUGGCUGGCGUGCAUGAGAGCGAGACAUGUCAUGAGUGAAUGCUUCACACUCCCCGCCCCUUAUUGUGAAGUGUCUGGACUCUAGGUUUAUUUGGGCAAUGUGUAUGUGUGUGAGAGCAGCAAGAAGACCAUAGAACAUAGAAACAGAGCAAACAGACAUCAAAAAUAGAAAUACAUUACAGAUAGAUUUAGAUUCACAGAUGCUUUUGGAUAAGCUUUGCUGAGUCUGUCAAUUCUACAUGGACUUUUGAAUGGGAUUUAUUUACUGCUUGACCACAGGACUGAUAUCUCAGAAAGAUGGAGACCCUGUUUGCCAGAGCUCUUUUUGACAACACAGCCGAAACGGAAGAUGAGCUGGCUUUUCGCAAGGGUGACAUCAUCGUGGUGCUAGAGAGAAAUGUGGUGGAGAGCAUCGGCUGGUGGAAAUGUUCUCUUCAUGGACGUCAGGGCCUGGCACCAGCGAACCGCCUGGCUCCCCUUUCCCCAGCUGAGGCUGAGAAAGUUUGUGCGAACUUAAAUGUACAGAAGGACUACUUGAGCAACCAUAGCCAUCAGAACAUCUAUCAAACUCCAAAAGCUACCAGGCCACCAGAGAAUCAUAUUUAUGAAGAAAUGAAUGCAGUAUAUAAAGUGCCCCUUCAAGCCAACCCUUCACCAGAUAAGCACAAGCCACAAGAGGAUCCAGAAAGAACCAGGUCUCCACAUGAAGCUUUAACCCCUCAUCCCAGAACUGGUACAGAAAUAUAUGAUGUCCCAAGCCCGGUGAGAAAACCCACCUUGUUCAAACCAUCUAUACGGCAACCUUUGGAAAGGAAAGCAUCACUGAUGUCAAGCACAGAGGUUCAUAAGCAAUAUGAAAUGCUACAAAAUGCGGCCACAAAAAAAGUCGCCACUAUAGCCCCACUAGUUUCCCAAGACCCCAAUUAUGAUAUCCCAAUGCCCUCCAUCAGAGAGGAUAUUCAAAAGCCUCCAUGUGGUUAUAGUACUAUGCCGAAACCCUGUAAGUCUGAAUGGAUUUAUGAUGUGCCUGUCUUCCCACAAAAGCAAGGAUGUGAACCUGGUCACUACGGAACCAUGCCACCGAUAACUAUGAAUUCAAACAAGCCUCUUUAUGACACUUUGCCAACACACAUUUGGCCUGAAAGGAAGCAUGGUGUCAUCCAGCCCCUCUAUGACAUCCCCAAACCGAGCAAUGCAGUGGUGCAAUCUUGUACAGACACUGGGAAGUCAACCAAUUCAUACAUCUAUGAUGUUCCACCUUGCCUUAAACAAAUAGAGACCCCUGUAGUUUUACCCAAACAGCAAAGCCUACCUGAAAUGGAUGAACCCCUUGACUACAGGGGUAAACCUGGACCCAUGUAUGAACAACUUCAACAUUGGCCCUCAAGGGGCAGGACAACAUCCAGGCAGCCUGUGGAAGGACACAAUGAAAAUAACAAAGACCACCAGAGGAGCUCAACGGUUUCCACUUCCUCCACAGCUUCCAGUUCUUCCAGGAGCUCCUGCGACUCCUUCAUGCUGAGUUCUCCAGAGCCUGAGCCCUUGCGUGAGGUCACCAUUUCACAGGAGGAAGCUGGCAACAGGUUGCUUGAGCUGCAGGAAACGGUGUGCCAGUCCGUCCCCAAGCUUAUGCUGUUCGUCAGCAGCCAAUGGAGGAGCAAAGAGCACCUGGGACAGCACCUCCAUGAGAUCCGCACGGCUGCCGAAGAUGUGACUGACUCCGUCACCUGCUUCUUAAACUUUGCCUUGGAUGUCAGAGGUAACGCGCAGCGGCUGACAGACUAUAACCUGCAGACCAGGCUCCUGAAGCAGCUCUCCAUCGUUGAAGACUCGGGCUUGAUCCUUCAGCAAGCUUCAGGCGCUCUACGAGAUCUGGGCUGGCUGCUGGAUAAGUUAGUUCAGGAUGCCAGCCAGUCCCAGACGCCUGACCACCUGGAGCGCUUUGUUAUGGUGGCUAGGACUGUACCAGAGGAUGUGAAGAGACUGGUAUCCAUGCUGAACGCAAAUGGAAAGCUUCUUUUCAGAGUGCCGACUAAGGAACCAGACAUGGUGGAGAAUGAAGGCUCAUCUGAAAGGGAAAGUAACAGCAAACGUGAACCAAUGGAAGACUCAGGAAUAGAUGAGAGUGACUAUGUGCAACUUCAGACAAAGACAGAGUUUGACCAACAACCAAAACCAGCAAAGAGCAGCUUUAAAUCAAAGAAAAAUGGUGAUAACUUGAAAAAACAGGUUUCCAAAUCACAACCCCUUAGCCCCUGCAGUCCACUCCAAACCUCCAGGAAGCCUUCCAUCUCUGACCACUGCCGGCUAUAUUUUGGAGCCAUUCAGAAGGCCAUCGCCGUGCUUACAAGUAGUCUGAAUGAUGGCCAACCCCCUGAAAAAUUCAUCUCCCACAGCAAGCUUGUUAUUAUGGUGGGCCAAAGACUCGUGAACACUCUGUGUAAUGAAGCGAAAAGUUGUGAGGCCAACCGGGAAAUGUUACCUAUGAGCAAUCAGCUGUGUGCCCAUCUCAAGCAACUGGCCGUGGUGACCAAGAAGGCAGCUUUGAACUUCCCUGACAAACUGGCUGUCCAGGAGGCACAUGCCAUUGCCAAAGAGUUGGCUCAAAGGGUACAACACUUCAGAAUGUCACUGGAAGUCUGAGCAGCAGUUUUGCCAUCUGUUAGCCCAGUUUAUCAUGUAGAGAUGGUCUGGUGAAGACAACAUGGUAUUUGUGGAAUAUCUCAAUUUCUGUGAUUUGUAUGCUAGUCUAACUCAGACACCCCUAAACCGAACCCCACAUUUUUUAUUUUUUAUUUUGUUCAACUAUUAGUCUGGAUAAGGAGGCAGUGUUAAAGGUAACAAAGGGACCACUUAUAAUUACAACCUCAAUUAAUGAUACCGAAUAUGUUUACAUGCACAACAUAUGCUGAUGCAAGAAUAAAAGCCUUUGUACAAAUAUCGGUAAAGGUGCUUACAUAUAGACAUUUAGAAAUCUUAAGUGUUGCAAUCAGGUGUUUUUUAAUCUGAUAAAAGAUCAUUGUUUGGAUGGCCUUACAUGUUGUUGGAUUAUUAAGAAAUAUCAUUGUAUGAUUGUGCAUGCAAACAUAAAGACAAAGCAGAAAGUAUGAUAGUUGUUGUGUAGAUGUUAAAGUGAUAGUUUACCCAAAAAUGAAAAUUCUGUCAUUAUUUUGGCACCCUCAUGUUGUUCCAAACCUGUUUUC